GAAGAAUAUCCAGGCAAUCAAGCAUUUUCAUAUGGAGGAAAUACGGAAGAUGCUGGCUAUAUAUUUGAUGUACAAAAUGCCAAUUCAUCCACUCGAGGACCAGCUGCUCUCAUUUAUCGAGAAUAUGGAGACUGGGAAUUUGGUGGUAAUCAUAGUACAUCACGAACAAUACGUUCAGAUGGUGAGGCUGCAAUGCUGUUGUCAACUUCAAAUAAACAAGGUGAUUAUAGCCAAUUAUUAAUGCCGAAUAC